UGGUGCAUCUGGGUGUCACCGCGCUCAUUGCGCAACGUUUUACGCAGCGCGGACGGCUUGAUGCGGCCGCGUCCUACUCGAUUCAACGCGCUGAUGAUACCAAAGAUCGACGAAACGGGAAGAACAUGACAGAAACGAUGCGUCUGUUUGCUUCAUUGUAAUCGCGAACAUGGGCGACAGAAGCGAGAGGGGCUCGGCGAAGCACAAGCGGAGAACCACGAUCGCCGGAGACGCGGCGGGAGCGCAAGCGAAGCGCGGCGGCGCAGCAGAGACGCUCAGCGGGCAGGUGAAGGAGAAAGAGCAGAGGCACGAAACACCAGCGAAUAAACACAAGAAUCACAGCGAUGCUGGCGAUGACGCCUUCGGCUGCCAUAAGCUGCAGGAGUCGCUGCUCAGCUCCAGUAGCGGCUACAGCAACUACAGAGGAAUCCUCAACUGGUGUGUGGUCAUGCUGGUUCUGUCCAAUGCACGGCUGGUCCUGGAGAACCUUAUAAAAUAUGGCAUUCUGGUGGACCCCAUCCAGAUCAUCUCUCUCUUCCUGAAGGACCCGUACAGCUGGCCGGCUCUGUGCCUGAUCAUUGUUUCCAACGUCUUUAUAAUGGCAGCUUUGUACAUAGAGAGAAAGCUAUCUGUGGGCACCAUCUCAGAGUGCACCGGAACAUUCCUUCACUGCAUCAAUCUUGCAGCUCUUUUAUUUGUCCCAGCUGGUACAGUUCUCAGCGUGUCCUCGAUGACCCCGGUGGGUGGUGUUGUGGCGUUGGGUGUCUUCACCGUUCUCUUCCUCAAGCUCUAUUCAUACAGCGACGUCAACAAAUGGUGCAGAGAGAUCAGACGCGCCAAAGCCCGAACCCUGUCUCGCUCUCACUCCUGUGAGUAA